GGAGGCGGACGCGGCCCGGCCUCGACGUCGCCGCCCGCGAUGGGAAGUACCUUAUAAAGCCGCCGGCCGGCUGGGCCCUACCACUAAUCGCAGUGCCGCCCGGAGCGCCGGCCGCGCGCGCAGACUCCCGGCAGCGCGCGCCGAGGCCGGGACAGGACUGGACAGACCCCGUCCGGGACAGGCCCCGGUCCAUCCCUGCCAGAGACGCACGCACGCGUACGAUCCCAGCCCCGCACCGCGCGGGUCCUGAGCCGACGCCGACUCCGGACGGACCCUCGCGGCCGUCCGCCCCCCUCCUCCGGCGCCGGCGCGCCUCCUGCCGGCGGGCGGCCGGACGGAGACCCGGGGCCGCGGGCGCCCGGGCGGCGGGGGCAUGCCCGGCCCGCGGCAUGGCCUCGGCGGUGUUUGAGGGCACGUCGCUGGUGAACAUGUUCGUGCGCGGCUGCUGGGUGAACGGCAUCCGCAGGCUCAUCGUCAGCCGGCGCGGCGACGAGGAGGAGUUCUUCGAGAUCCGCACCGAGUGGUCGGACCGCAGCGUGCUCUACCUGCACCGCAGCUUCUCGGACCUGAACCGCCUGUGCAAGCGGCUCCGCGACGCCUUCCCCGAGGACCGGCCGGAGCUGGCGCGCGCGCCGCUGCGACAAGGGCUGGUAGCCAUAAAGGAUGCUCAUGACAUAGAGACGAGGCUCAAUGAGGUGGAGAAGCUGCUUAAGACAAUCAUCAGCAUGCCCUGCAAGUAUUCUAGGUCAGAAGUUGUGCUCACCUUCUUUGAAAGAUCUCCUCUGGAUCAGGUGUUAAAAAAUGAUAAUGUACAUAAAAUUCAACCCAGCUUCCAAAGUCCUGUCAAAAUAUCAGAAAUCAUGAGGUCCAAUGGAUUUUGUUUGGCAAACACAGAAACGAUAGUUAUUGACCACAGCAUACCUAAUGGGCAAGACCAGCACCUGGGUGACGAUUCCACAGGGCAUUUGUUUGAAAAUGGCAGCGAGUUCACCUCAGAGAUGGAAGAUGGUGAUGACCCUGAGGCUUAUGUCACCAACUUGUCCUAUUACCAUCUGGUCCCCUUUGAGACGGACAUUUUGGACUGAUCCUCUCCAUGGGGCCUUCCCGGCCUCAGCCUAUGACUGCAUGUCCUAAUGCUGUCCACUGGGUGGCCCCAAUGGUGAAAGGUCUUGGCCCACCCAGGGGUUUUGUCACCACCCCCAGUGAGGCCCCGUGUCCUGCAAUUGGCCCUGCAGAAGCUCCUAGUGGCUACAGGCUGAUGGCAGGUUCAACAGUGGAAGUCCAUACAGCCAAGGGGUCAUCUCUGCACUUGUACCACCAUCCUGCCUCUCCCCUGGGACCCCCUGUCCCACUUAGUGUGCCACAGAGCACAUGCUCCAAGGGCUGUCACUGCCUUUUCUUGCUGUCACCGCCUCCUUAGGGAGCACAUUGUUCUUUGUCAAGGGGCCUGGCCACCCUGACUCCCCACCAUUCCCUCAUAUGUCAGCGGCACAAAGCAUUUAGGAGGAAGUUUUGACGAGUCAUCAGGUUCUGAGCAACACAGACCUGGAUGUUCAGGGGUGCAGGGCGUCCCUGGGAACCAGAAUGAGUGGUUUCUGUUGUCGAGUUUUUUUUGGUCAUCUUCUCCCUGGAAACUAGAUUUUAGAAUAGUGUAAAGGACUGUUCUUCACAGAAGAUCAUGCACAAGUAGAAGUUCUGGCUUUAGAGAGAGGAGAUUACUGACAAUCAAGUGGACCAUAAACUUGACCCAAGAGGGUGAAGAGUGUCUUCUCAAGAGGAAAGGAAUCCUGCCCUGCCUGCUAGCCCUUGCCAGCCUUUUUGUGCUGGGUAUAUGGCUGUCACUACAGUCAAGGGUCUAAAGUUCAACGACACAGUUGCCCUGAUAAAGAGGAAGGGAAGGGGGAGGAACGUAUAGCCCCAGCUGUGCCACAGGGGAAGGUCUGUCCUCAUCUCCUUGUCUACUAAUGGCUGGUAUUUGCUAAUGUAAAUAAUAGUAAAUUAUUGAGAAUUCUAAUGCUUUUACACAGUCUGUUUUUAAUCUAUUUUAAUUAAAUAAAAUUAAUCUUCCUACUUCGAUCUAUUGAA